UUGCACCUCCCCCUCUCUACCACCCCGUCUCUCCCUUCAACCUCGCCUCUCCAACCGAGCCUCUUCUCCUACUUCACUCCAUAGACCCCUCCCUGCGGGUCUCCCCAAGUCACUGCAGUGAAACGCCCGGUGAAAGAGAGCGAGUGGUGAACCAAAAACACCCAACCGUGUUAAUACGCUAAUAUCAGCUACUGCGUCGCUUCAGAAGGCCGACGUUCCACCCUUGGCGAAAUCUGUCGAUUGGCGUCUCUGCACAUCUCUUGGUAGACGUUUCAUCGUCCAACCGGCAAGAUGGGAAAUGAAGCAAGCUACCCCAUGGAAAUGUGCACACAUUUCGAUGCUGAUGAGAUUAAGAGGCUAGGGAAGAGAUUUAAGAAACUCGACCUGGAUAAUUCAGGAUCCCUGAGUGUUGAAGAGUUUAUGUCCUUGCCGGAGUUACAACAGAAUCCUUUGGUGCAACGGGUCAUAGAUAUAUUUGACACAGAUGGCAACGGGGAAGUUGACUUCAAAGAGUUUAUAGAGGGUGUGUCCCAGUUCAGUGUCAAGGGAGACAAGGAACAGAAGCUGCGAUUUGCCUUUAGAAUCUAUGACAUGGACAAAGAUGGCUACAUAUCAAAUGGGGAGUUGUUCCAGGUGCUCAAAAUGAUGGUUGGGAACAACUUGAAGGACACCCAGCUUCAGCAGAUUGUUGACAAGACCAUUAUAAAUGCAGACAAGGAUGGAGACGGAAGAAUAUCUUUUGAGGAGUUUUGCGCAGUUGUAGGAGGCCUUGACAUACACAAAAAGAUGGUGGUGGACGUGUGAGCUUCCUGACUGAUCCGCAACACACAACAUGCUUUCUUCUCCAUCUCUCCGACCAUCAGCUCAAGAUGUCAGGCAGUCGCUCUCUAUGUAUUUAAAUGGAAGUAUUUUCUCUGUGAAGCCACUUUCUUCUAACACGAGCCUCGUGAAGCCAACUUGUGUUAUUGAACUCUUCUCCUGUCAAUAACCCUGGUGUAGCACUUUAAGAGACUGAAUGAUGGCUAGUCUUGUAAGAGCAUCUCUAUUUGGCGGUGAGAAGGGAGGAAGUUUGGCUUGUUUAUAUUUUGUUUGUUUUUUAUUGUUAUUUUUUAAAUAUUUAUUUGUUCUCAUCUUUUUUUAAAACAAAACAUGUCUUGCUUUUUAAGGGGAAAAUGUGCAGUUAGCUGAGUUGCAACUUAACAUACUUGAUCCGUAAAAUAUAACUGUAGGAUGUGCUGUGCCAAGCAGAAUAUUUAAUUAAUCAAUUCAGAAAACUGUACCAUCAUAUUAAAUUUGGAAGACAUAACUGCAAUUGCAUGAUUAAUAUAACUGUAUGCAAUUUCAUUUCAAAGCAACCGAUAAGGCAGUGGGAUUUUUUUCUAUAAUACACUUUGUAAUAUGAGGUUUUGAUUAGAUUUGAUAAAUUUAAUUUUGCUUCCAGUCUUGUUAAGAUUCUUUUGUCACUUGUUUAUAUUGUUGCAGAGUAAUGGGUUUCUUUGUGUUGCUUUCAGAUACAUAGUAAAGUAGAAUUAGAUGCCAAGAAAGUGUCGUCUUAGCAGUUUUUUUGUGUUCUUGUAACACACUUUACUUUAGUAAGCAAGCAGUCUGCAUCCUCAUCACACACGCCAGUGCUUACCAUUGACCAAUACACGUUGCAAAAUUUCUAUUAAAACCAUUAAGAAUGUUUUUAUGGACUUGUAUUUUCUUAUAGAAUUGCAUUUGGAAUGCAGUCAAUGUUCACAAAACCCAAAGUUUUAAGUGUUGAUCUCUAAUUCUGGAAGUCCAAUACAUCUGUUGUUGCGCUUUUAUUCACAAACUGCUGGCAGAAUUUUCCUCUUUUAUAAGUCAAUAUAUGUAUAUUAAGUACUCAUAAGCAUUGGCUCAUCUUCAGAUAAUCAGAGGAAAGCUUUACACAUGUAUACAGUUCAUCGUCCUAAGGGUCGCUGUGCACUGUAAUUUCAGUUUUUGUCUUCUAUAUAGUGCAAUGGAAUAACUGUACUCUUGACAUUUACAUAUUGGCAUGACAGGCGUACAAUUGAAUACACUUUGUGAAUUGUAUGUGGACUUUUUUCUUUCUAAGUAGGUUUCUUUCCCCUGAUGGAUAAAACCCACAGUAUGUGAGCACUCAAGGAGUUAUUAGUUGUGAGAACACUUCCUCAAACCAAACGAUGGUAUACAUUAGGUGAACGAGAGCACUCUGUGAAAUUUCAACUUGUGCAUGUGCUUCAGCACAAUUGGAGUGAUUCUGCUGACAGGUGGCACAAAGCAGUCACCAUUAUGGUGCACAAUCUUACAAAUCUGUUCGAUUGGGGAAACAAGGGUCUUGCAUGACAUGGAAACUUCCCUUAAUGCAUGUCAAUCCAUUUUGAAAUGCUCCUAUUGUUUACACAAUGAUUGUGAUGUUUAUAAUAUAUUAACAAUUAAAAUGUUUAAUAUGGAUGUUGCCAAAAUUUGGUAAGUGUACACACGAUUGGUAAUAACCAUAAGUGAACCUACUUCAGUGUAACUUUUAUACUCACCUGGAUCAAUGAAAUGCUUGAAUUCCACUAACGUUGCAUAUCUGGUCCUGUCAACUGCCACAUACUCUGCUUAAAAGGGGAUUUUUUUUUUUGUACAUAAAUAUUUGUUUGAUGCGGUUCCAGCUCUUCACUGUCCAUAUAACCAAUUGAAGUUUCAGUUAUACCAUACCUUUAGUUUGGUGGAAUGGAUACUUAGUGUGUGUGAGGGGGGCAAAAGCAUAAAAGUUUUAAAGAAUUAAGUUUCAGUUUUAGGGUUUUUAUCCUUCUCUGCAUGCUGCAUCUUAUGCUGUGGGAUUCUUGGACUUAAUACUGUAUGAAAAAAAAAAAACAAUAAACUUGAAACAUUUAAUCUG